UAACUGAUGAUGUAAAGUCGGGCUUUGAGUUAAGUAGUGACAGUUGCUGACGUCCAUCAUUACUGCUUUGGGAAGGGGAAUGAUCACACUAAGUCUAGGUUGCAGGUAACAGAGACCACUAGUGCUAACUGAAGAUUUCAUAUGAGGAAUAAGCCACUGGGAUCUGAACCCUCACUCUCCUCCUGCUUUCACCUUGGACUUGCCACUGUUGUCUCCAACUGCUCAACAUCUCUUACCUGCAGGCUGGCCUCCACAUUCGUCUUUUAAUUUUAAAAGCCUCAGAACACUUUGGACCACUUCUUUGGAAAACUUUUCUACCAGCAACAAGUCAUUCACUGCGAUCCUGUUCAGCAUAGCUACGUUUGAGUUUUCCAAGUCUAAACAGGACUGCCUUUGAUUUUUCCAUGAAGCUGCAUCACUGCCUAUCCGUCUUACUGGUGGUCACUCUUGUGCCAGAUGCUCUGGUUUUGGAAGAUGUGGCUCCACUGGGAGCGAAUCAGAGUUCUUAUAAUACAUCAUUUCUCCCAGGCUUUGAACUCUCAGCAGGUUCCUACUCAGGUGAUGAUGUCAUUAUAGCCAAAGAAGGAACAAAUGUUUCUCUGGAAUGUCUUCUCACAAUGGAUCAGUAUGAAGAAGUCCAGUGGUACAACUCAAAAGGACGGCAGCUGCACAGUAAAGGUGGAAAAUGGUUGGUUUCUGGUAACUUCCUAAAUAUCACCAACGUAGCCUUUGAUGACCGUGGGCUCUAUACGUGUAUCGUCAGUUCUCCGACUCGUGCCUCCUACUCCGUCACCCUCCGUGUGAUCUUCACCUCUGGAGACAUGAGCGUCUACUAUAUGGUUGUCUGCCUGAUCGCCUUCACAAUCACACUCGUCCUGAAUGUCACUCGGCUAUGCCUGAUGAGCACCCAUCUCCGCAAGACUGAGAAGGCCAUCAAUGAGUUCUUCAGGACCGAGGGGGCUGAGAAACUCCAGAAGGCCUUUGAGAUUGCAAAGCGUAUCCCCAUCAUCACCUCCGCCAAAACCCUCGAGCUUGCCAAGGUCACACAGUUUAAGACCAUGGAGUUUGCCCGCUAUAUUGAGGAACUGGCCAGAAGUGUCCCUCUCCCGCCCCUUAUUCUGAACUGCCGGGCCUUUGUUGAGGAAAUGUUUGAGGCUGUGCGAGUGGAUGACCCUGAUGACAUGGGAGAGAGAAUUAAAGAGAGACCUGCUUUGGAUGCUCAAAGUGGCAUCUACGUGAUUAACCCUGAGCUAGACCGAAGUGACUCGCCGGGUGGAGACUCAGAUGACGGCUCUCUAAGUGAACAAGGACAGGAGAUAGCAGUACAGGUGUCUGUCCACCUUCAGUCAGAGACCAAAAGCAUUGGGACAGAUUCUCAAGACAGUAGUCAUUUCAGCCCACCCAGUGACGCUGCAUCUGCUGAGGGCAGCAUUCACCACAGAGACUGAGCAUUUGACAAGUGACAGCUUGCCAGUGCUCAGGAAAAGAGCCUGCUAUGAGGACUUAGCAUUAUCAUAAAAUGACCAGGGUCUUUUCUUUAACCUUAAGCAUACCACAGCAUGAAUUGCCAAAGUCAUUGUGAAAGGGCAGCGUUUUUCUGAUAUUUGGUUAUUUUCCUUAAGGUUGCAGGAGUGAUGUGUGUUAAGAUUGAAAGGUGCCUGGGCCUAAGUAAGACUUCUGGUCACAGUUUUUCUUUGGCUCAUAUGUGACACAUUGCAGCCUGAGUUUCCCCACCCACCAGUGGAAUCAGUGAUUUGUUCUCAUUGACUUGAGACUUCAACCAAAACUUCUUACCUAUUGUACUUGCAAGUCACUAGACCUUUGGUCCCCCCCUUUGAGACUUUAUUCUGCACUCUAGUUGUCUGUACCAAUGCCAGACGUAGAGAUGCUCUGUUCUUGGGAAGGAACACAUGCUGGUGCAGACCUUUUAAGUGAGGCACCACUGUGUUACACAGAUCCAGAAAGUAAAUUUCUAUUAGAAAAUCACUCAUUGGGCGAGGUAGCACAUGCCUUGAAUUCCAGCACUCGGGAGGCAGGGAUAGGCAGAUCCUUGAGUUCCAGGCCUGUGAGUUCCUGGUCUAUGGAGCAAAUCCAGGAUAGCUAGGGUACACAGAGAAACUUUGUCUCAAAAAAAAAGAAGAAGAAGUAGGGGGAGGAGGAGAAGAAGAAAAACACUCCAGGAGAAAUGUAUUCUUCUUGGGAGUACAUCCUGUCUUUUUAGCUUACCAAGACCUUUAGUCCAUCGAGGCUGGCCUUGAUGUCCCCAAGGGAAAAUGUUUUCAGUGUUUUGUGAGCGAGAACUAUGUCAAGUCACCUCUCUGGAAAAUCAUCAAUUUUGAUACUUUUUAAUAAUGUCUCAGGCCUUGUCUUUUUAGAUGUACUAAAUUCCCAGGUGGGCUCUGUGUCUAGAACUGCAGAAUCCGCUUCAGUGCCCAGCAGCACUCCUGCCCCCUGUGUUCCUCAACCUGGUGCUAAAGGUGAUACGCCUCUUCUUGUCUUGUUGAGACUCAUUGUCGUUGGUAUUUUGGUUCUUCGGAUGCAUCCUUUUGAGUGAGGGCUCUUUUGUAGCCUUUCUCAAAGCACCUACCUAAAAUCAGAUGAGAUCGUUGUGCUCAGUGCGUUAUUAUAUUAAAACAGGCAACCCAGACCUAAGGGGGAAAUGACAAGUGGUGGUGCUGCCCACCUCAUCCGGGUACAGUAAGCACUGAAGCAAUCCUUCCCGCUGGCUGAAAGUGACAUGACAGAGUGUAAAUAGUCUUCACAGUCAUUUCCUCAGCUGCAGGAAGCUCAUGUCAUAGAAUUUUAACAUCGUGGCCAUGGAGCUCAAUGAAAUGCUUCACUUCAUUUGGCUUCUGGUUGUGGGAGAUUUGCUUGAGCUAGAAGGUCCUGAGGGAAAUGUGCAGAGGAGGUGUUCAUCUGACUUUAAUUUAAAGUGUCAAACAAACAGAGGACAGCAGGAAAUUCUAAGUGUAACCAGUAAGCUCGGUGCCUGCCUUUGUCAGGCUCAUCAGAUACCUCUGCUCUGGACAAUGAACGAAUCAGUGUGCUGUUUUAUCAAGUGGCAUAUGGAUAAUAUGGUAAUGCUGCCUUUUCUGUCUCUCAGGCUGUUUCCAUGGAAACCUCCAGAGCCAAACAAAAGCUACCAAUCUUUCAACCAAAAAGCUUGCCUUGGCUCAGAGAUGUGAGUUUCUUUAGGGAAAGCUGUUUUCAUACAUUUGUCUGUGGAAUAAGGGCUCUUACACAUACCCUAAGUUACAGAACAUGUUUUCCCUUCCUACUGUUCUCUGGAGAUAGUAAAUUUUUAAAAAUCUCUUCUGUGGGGUCAGUCUCCUGAAUUUCCUUCAGAUCUGCAGUCCCUCACCUGAUAAAGCAAGGUUUGGGUCACUUCUUAAAAUGAAAUCUGUUGCCUUAAAUACUAGUUUUACCCCCACAUGUUCCUAGAAGGGACAUUAAUGUCUUGAACUUUAAGGUAGACAUAUUUAAUGACCAGAGUUUCAGAAAAUGAUACUUUGCAAGAUGGAAAAUAUCAAAACAGGUAAGCUUACAGAAUCAAUACAGGCCACUCCACCAUACAGGUCAGUCAUCACAGAAAUAUAAAACAGACACUCAGUGUGAUGGAACACAGCUGGAAGAAUCUCAGCACCUGGGAGGCAGGGGCAGGAGGAUUGCAAGUGCUAAGCUAGCCUGAGCUCUCUAACAAGAUGCUAUCUCAAAAAGCUAACCAGUAGGCAUGUAUUUGAAGGUGGGGGUCAGUUUUCAUGCGUGGGCUAAGCCUGGACUUGAUCCAGUGGUAUCCUAACCAGUGGCCGAUGCAACUGCCUUGCUUUGAGCCUUCCAAGUUCUGUCAAAAUAGGGUAGGGAAAACUCAGGAGGAGUGGCAGACUUGUAAAAGCUACUUUUCAAAGUGAAGAGGACAACUGUUAAUAUUUUCUAUAUCUAAUCAAACCAAAUGGAUUUAACAGUCUCAUCUGUUUGUAACCCUUUUUUUACCUUAGGAACUUAAAACCACAGUCUGAAAGUCUGUUACCAGCUGGUGUCAUUAUCUUUCUGUCUGGCUGAAUUUUAUAGGUUAGUUUUGUUUUGUUUUAAAUGCCUUUGAGCAGCAAAAUGUGUCUAAAAUAGGUUUGCUGUCAUAUUGUGAAUUCUGUAUUGUCAUUUAAUGGACGUCAGUGUUCUUAUAGAAUUAAAUAGUGGCUUCAUCAAAUAAAUCUACCAAAAGUUGC